AUGUCUCAGCGAGCGUUAAGUAAACGUGUUUGCAAAGAGAAGCGGGACUUUGACGAAAUGAAAAACGCCGCCGCGGAGUUUUAUCGAGUGAGCAGAGUCCCCCAGGACAUAGAGCGAGCUCUACACGAGCUCUUCCUCCACCGGCCCGCAGACCUGCACGGGUACCUGGCGGAUUACUUUGCAAACCUCGCGGCACCACCGAGAAUCAGCAGAGUGAAGGGACGGCAGGUUUAUGAUGCGAGAGGACGACUUUCUGUUGAGGCAGAGGUCUACUGUGUUGUUCACAACAAGGAAAAGGUAAAAGUCAUUUGUCUCAUUAGCAUGUCAUCAGCUGCUGUUUCGAGCCACUUGGUCCCUGAGAGUCAAGAGAGGACUGAGCAUGUGAUGGCUGCUGUGCUGUGGAUCAAUGAGCCUCUGAACAGCAUGCUGAAAGACCGAAAUCCUUGUGACCAGUUAAAAAUCGACGAUAUACUCAGCACUUUCUUUAUGGACCGCUGUCUGGAGGAAAAAGAGGUCCGGGACAGGGAGAGGCCUGACGUGAUUCCCUCUUCAUCUCCUCCACAGACUAAAGAGAAGAAGAUCAUUAAUAAAGGUAAAAAGAGCAUCGUGGAAAAGCCAUUUCCUGCAGUGGAACCACAAAAGCCAGUUCUACAUGGAAGCUUGGCUGUUGGCUCAGUGUCACUGGCUGUGGCCAAAACUGGGGCACAGAUACAGGGCAUCCAUCUGUACGAAUACAUAGCAGCUCUGAGGAACCAAGAGCCUCCGGCACAGUUUCACAUCCCUGUUUCCUUGGUGACAUUGCUCAGCUGUGGCAAGACCUCGCCGGGAAAACUGAAUUUAUUGGAGGAAGUGAUCCUGAUCCCCAAAGUGGGACAACAAGUCAAACAAAUCAUCACAAUGGCUCUUGAGGUACAGAAGGAGAUGAUGAGAAUAAUGAACACUUUAACCAAUGGCGGGGCCAGCGAAGCAUUUGUACGUGACAGCGGGGCCCUGACUGUCAGCCACGAGCGAGCAGAGCAGCCUCUGGAUCUGAUCGCUGAAGCCUGCACCAACCUUGGAGUUCCACUGGGCACACAGAUCCAUUUAGCUUUGAACUGUGCUGCUCAUGAGCUCAUGGACCCUUCUAAAGGGAAGUAUGAAGUUGCAACUGGAGUUCUGAAAUCGCCCGAUGAGUUAGUCGACCUGUACCAAACCCUCAUCAGCAAAUACCCAGCAGUGGUGGCUUUAAUAGACCCAUUUAGGCAAGAGGACAGAGACCAGUGGGAGAAGCUGAGCAGUAUGAUUGGAAACUCGUGUUCACUGCUCUCUGAUGUCUCCUACAAGUCACAGGGACCUCCCCUUCCUGGAGUCAGAGGCCAUAUCUUAAAACAUAUCAAUGAGACAACAGUCAGUGACCUGAUCCACAUGACAUCAGAGCAACAAGGUUCUGUGUUGAUGGGAACUACAUGCAGUGAGCCAUGCAGUGAGGAUUCUUUGUCAGAUAUAGCUGUGGGUCUGGGCCUGCACUAUGUCAAACUGGGAGGUCUAAGUGGGGCUGAGAGGAUGACUAAAUACAACCGGCUGAUUUCUAUAGAAGAAGAACUGGCCCAACAGGGAAUCCUUGUCUUUAAGGAGAAGCACCCUCCUCCACUGUUCCCUGACAACCCACAUAAGCAUUCAGGCACCGCAGAGGGAGCAAGGUCUGGAUUGGAGGAACACAGCUCACAUCUGAUUCAGGCACAUCUUUGA